AUGAUGGCGGCGCAAAGUGACGCGACGGCCGAGCCCCGCCGCUUCGACAAGCUUGGAUGGGUCCAACACGAUAAACGACCCAUAUUCUCAAUCGACGUUGCUCCCAACGGUGAGAGAUUUGUGACGGGGGGUGGCGACGCCUUGGUGAAGGUGUGGAGUCUCCUGCACGUGAUGGGUGGCCAAAAGUCUGGCAAGCAGGUUGGCGAGGUUCCAAAGCUCCUGGCAACUCUGGCAGGUCACACACUGGGAGUCAGCACAGUUCGUUUUUCGUCGGAUGGCCAAUACAUUGCCUCUGGUGCAGAUGAUGCCCUUGUUAUCAUCUACACUCUGGCACCUGGCCGAGGUCAGGUUAUUCCUGGGAGUCUUGGGGCAUCGAACUAUGAAAAUUGGCAGCAAACCCAGCUUUUCAGGUUCCAUCAGACAAAUGUCACUGAUCUCACCUGGGCUCCGGCCAACAGUGCAAGAAACCAGCUUGCGACCUGCAGCCUGGACAAUCAGAUCGCAGUGUGGAGCAUUGAGGAUUCCAAGCCGGUGGCAAUUUUGAAGGGGCACACGUCUUUUGUGAAGGGGGUUGCAUGGGACCCAAUGGGUGUCUACCUGGCGAGUCAGGCAGAUGACAGGUGUGUCAUCAUUUGGCGGACAUCAGACUGGAAGGAGGCACAAAGAAUAACCUCCCCUUUGGCCCAGCAGCCCACAAAUAACUGUUUCUUCUAUCGGCUGUGCUGGUCGCCCGAUGGGCAGAUGUUGACGAUCGUGAAUUCAUUGCAGAAUGGUGCAUGUGCUGCAUGUGCAAUCAAGCGAGGCACUUGGAGCCAAGAGUACAGCAUGGUUGGGCAUUUUGGGGCCAUCACAGUUGCGAGAUAUUGCCCAAAGCUGUAUGCGUGGAAGGGCCUUGGUGGGGCACAUGAAAUAGCCAACUGCGUUGUGCUGGGGAGUGUUGAUAGGGGUUAUUCUUUGUGGUUGUCUGUCAAGCAGCAGCCAGUGCAUUUUGCAAAAGGGUGCUUCCGUGGUAGUGUUACAGAUGUUGCAUGGGCACCUGAUGGCUGGACGUUUCUGGUGGCAUCGACAGAUGGCACUGUGGCUGUCACAUCUUUUCAUGAACAGGUGCUUGGGUCACAUGCGCCAGAUGAGGAAGUGACCAGCCAUAUGAAGGAACUGUAUGGGGACUUGAAUUCUGGAAGAAAGAUCAAACCAGUGGAAAAUGUGGAACAAGCGAGUGCAGAAGAGGGAAGGGACUCUUUGCCAGCGAAAUGCACCUCGUGCAAUGAGCAGGUGACACACCCACCUGGCAGAGUGUUGGAUGGAGUGGAGGUGGGGAGCACCUCUGUAAGCGAGCCACAAAAGUGGCCAGCGACAAUGACAGGCAGACAGGGUCAUUCCAAACUGCCUCUGCAACAAGAAGGUCGUACAGCAGAUGGUAGGAGGAAGAUUCAUCCUGUUCCUGUUGUUCCUUCUAUCACGUCUGUGGGAAAUGAAAAUGGUGGAAGAGAGACCCUGCAAGGCCGUGCUUUCUCUCAGCCUGGUAGUCCCAAGGGAAAGCCCUCCACCCCAUCUGAGAGGUUGAAGAGGAGCCGGGAUGGGGUUCCUUGUACACCGCAAUCCAAAUGCCCCAGAUUGGUGUCGGCUGUGGCACCAGCUAUUGGGGGCACAUCUGUAACGGCCAAGACAGCACAAAAUGGGCAAUCUGGAACAGAUUUACAGAGAUUAAAAGUCGCUGCUGCUGCCCUUCCCCCUAAAAAAACCACUUUCCCGCUGAAAAGUGGUGGCCAAGGGAUCUGCGAUGCACUUGAUGAUGCUGAGGUGACUGUUCAGGUCUCCAAUGGUGAGCGAAUCAGCGGUGGAAAGGAGUAUGCUCAGAUUGUGUGCCGACGCGGUCCUCGGACAGCUUGGGUAGCAGAAGUUGUUGGGAAGGUUGCCCUUGUGACUGGGAGCCCAAGAUUUUGUGCCAUUGCCACAGUUGAGGGUGAUCUACAGGUUUUCAGCGAGUCAGGCACUCGGGAUUUUCCAUCCAUAAGGUUGGGGGAAAGGCCGUCAUUUCUGGACAGUGAUGGAGAAUGGAUGCUUCUGUCCUUGACAUGCCAUGGUCAGCUGAGGGUCUGGGACCUUGGCAAAGCAGAGUGUGUUGUGGAGACAUCCUUAUUUGGACUCCUGUCUGAAAACACCCAAGUUGUGGCUGCCUACCUCAGCAAGUGCGGCCUUCCCCUCUGUGUUCUGUCCAACUACCAUGCCUACCUGUACAAAGUCGACAUGAAGUGCUGGAUGCGCAUCGUUGAUGACUCAUUCCCAUUCUCACACUACCACACGAUGUUCAAGUGGAGCUCACACUCCGAUGACAGCAGUGGAGAGCUCAUCAAUCUGCAAAUCGGUCGGGCCCAGCAUCAACGUCAGCCUUCCAGGCUCCCCGCAAUGGACGGCCGCUCUUCUGAUCUGGACAGCCGUUCGCACCUGGAGCACAACAUGGCUGCUGCACAAGCCCUUCAGUCUCCCCAUGAGUACAAGAGGUGGCUGCUUGUGUACAUCCGCCAUCUGGUGAAAUGCGUCGGAACUCCAGAAAUGAAGGGCGACGAGGAAAGCAAACUGAGGGAGAUAUGUGAAGACCUAUUGGGCCCCAUGGGAGAGGCCAGCAAGGGCGAGGUGCCUGUCUUGAAUGGCCGCCAAUGGUUGCCUGACGUGCUGGGGAUGGACAAGCGAAAGAUCUUGAAGACAGAUGUGCGGGGUAUUCUAUGCAGAAACAGGGACCUUCAGCGACUGCGGGAUGAAGUUGAGAGUAUGCUCAAUGACAGUUGA